GGAAGAGGCGCGCGGGUGGAAGGCGCAUUGACGCAGCCGGCGGCGGCCCCGGAGCUCGGUGCGGCCAGACGCUGACCACGUCCCGGCUCCCCGGCCCCCUCCUCCGCCUCCGCCUCCGCCUCCUGCGCCAGCCCCGCAACCGCAGCGCCAUGCGCCCCGGGGGCCCCGCCGCCUCCCCGCAGCGGCUCCUCGGCCUCCUGCUGCUCCUGCUGCUCCUGCUGCUGCAGCUGCCCGCGCCGUCGAGCGCCUCCGAGACCCCCAAGGGGAAGCAAAAGGCGCUGCUCCGGCAGAGGGAGGUGGUGGACCUGUAUAAUGGAAUGUGCUUACAAGGGCCAGCAGGAGUGCCUGGUCGAGAUGGGAGCCCUGGGGCCAAUGGCAUUCCUGGUACCCCUGGAAUCCCAGGUCGAGAUGGAUUCAAAGGAGAAAAAGGGGAAUGCUUGCGGGAAAGCUUUGAGGAGUCCUGGACACCUAACUACAAGCAGUGUUCAUGGAGUUCACUGAAUUAUGGCAUAGAUCUUGGAAAAAUCGCGGAGUGUACAUUUACAAAGAUGCGUUCAAACAGUGCUCUAAGAGUUUUGUUUAGUGGUUCGCUUCGGCUAAAAUGCAGAAACGCAUGCUGUCAGCGUUGGUAUUUCACAUUCAAUGGAGCUGAAUGUUCAGGACCUCUUCCCAUAGAAGCCAUAAUUUAUCUGGACCAAGGAAGCCCUGAACUGAAUUCAACAAUUAAUAUUCAUCGCACUUCCUCUGUGGAAGGACUUUGUGAAGGAAUUGGUGCUGGAUUAGUGGAUGUUGCUAUCUGGGUUGGUACUUGUUCGGAUUACCCAAAAGGAGAUGCUUCCACUGGAUGGAAUUCAGUGUCUCGCAUCAUUAUUGAAGAACUGCCAAAAUAAAUCCUUUAAUUUUCAUUCCCUACCUCUUUUUUUAUUAUACCUUUGAAUCGUUCAUUUAAAUGAGCUUUUAAAAAUAAUUUUUAUGUAUACAUCUGAAUGAAAAACAAAGCUAAACAUGUUUACAGACCAAAGUGUGAUUUCACACUGCUUUCAAAUCUAGUAUUAUUCAUUUUACUUCAGUCAAAAAUGUUUUGAGGAUGUUUUAGUUUAUUAGAAUACUUUCUUCAUACUCCCAUUUCCUAUAAUAUUCCAAACCUAUAAUUUGGAAUGUCAUUGAGGUCUUCAGCUUUUUCUAUUCUUUUAGUACAGCACUUAAAAAAUAUAAACUUACCAGUCUUUGUACAAGUUGUAAAUGUUCAGAAUUGUUUUAUAUCUGUUAAAUAAAAUUUAUUUCAAACAACUUUAAUAUCUU